UUUAGCAGUCACUACGUUAUGGCCCCAAAAAUUAAAGUACCUGCCAACUUUGGUGUAGAACACAUCAACUCUCCUGUACACGGAAAUCUGCUUCUUAAGCUGAGAGAUGGACAAGAGAUUAAAACCAAUUCCAUGAUCAUGUCUUACAACAGUCCUGUUAUUGACAAGCUCACCACCAACCUGUUUCAGUCCACGCUAGAAAUGGAUGAUUUCACAAAGCAAGCAGUCAACUGUUUUGUUGAAGCGCUGUACUCUGGUGAAGUUGAUAAACUAGAGAAGGGCAUCUUUGAAGAAGUAAACAAAAUGGCACAUGUAUUCGAUGUGUCCUGGUUGACUAAGAGGUGCCUGAAGUUUUACAAAGCAGAAGUACUGAAGUUUGAGAACAACUCGUACGAAGAGAUGUUAUUUGCUUGUGAGAUUGCUAGCAGGGCGCAUUAUAAUCUGAAAGACAGCAGAUAUGUCAGCUGCUUUGUGAAGAAUGUUACUUUCAGUGGUAAUGGCAAAUUUUUCUUCUUACAGAGAUAUAUGGCUGGUUUUUCUGAGCUACCCAAACGUCGGAUUGACAUGUCGCUCGCUAUUGCUGCGAAUAACUUGAACAUCAUCAGCAAUUGUCUUGUAACUUAUAUUUCCUUUAACCUGAAAUGUAAAGGAUUGGACGAGAAUUCUCUGUACAUGCUUCAAAAGCUGGAUUUCAAGAAGUUUAGCCGUACUUUUCCAUCUGAGUUAAAUGAGUUAACGGACUUCCUGGUCACUAUAACUGAAGAUUCUGAAUGUGCUGAAAUGAAAGCGGUUGUUGAUAAUUUUGUUAAAGAGAGGAAUACUGAAGAGUCAAGUAGCUCUAAAGAAGAGCUAGAAGUUGAUGAAAAUACUGAAGAUGUACAAGACAGUGAUGGUGAGGAUUGUAAAGAUGUUGCUAAUCAAACUGAGGAAAUAAACACAGGUUGGAUACAGUGUGUUCUUAAAACACACUACACCCUGUCACACUACGAACCAGUACAGAUGAUAACUAACACUACAGAGUCAGCGAACAGUAUUGAAGUGUAUUAUACUCUAUCUGGAGAAGGUGGGAGUGGUGAGGAUAAAAUUCUGAUUUAUAGAGAUGCUAAAACCAAUCAGUGGAGUUAUUGUAUCAGGGGUUGUACUCCUGAUACAGGACUGUGUACUGACUGUAUACAAUGUCAAUACACAGUUUCUAAAUAAUGUACCAGCUGAUAAACUCAAACACUGGAUAAUAACCAAAACUUCUACACAUCUAAAGAUAGUGUGUAACAGAGUGACAGUUCUCAAUUUCAACUUUGCUACUGACUACACACCAGGUUCUGAGAAUAGUCACCAGAUUUGGUUGAGAAGGUGCACGAAUAUACAACUCAUUAAAUAUUAUGAUAGUGAUAUACUUGUUUUAAAAACAGGCAGUUAGUUUAUGUAAAUUAGGCAGAUAUGACCUCUAAACUAUAAUUAUUGGAAAUUCUUUCCGAAUUAUUUAAGUGUUAUCUUAUUUACCAGCUGAGCAGUGUAUACACAGUGUACUUGUAAUAUACACAUAAUCCAGC